AUGUCUCAGGAGGCGGCUCCAGCGGGCCCCAGCACAGAGGACCCUGUUCUCAGUCCCCUCAACAGCCUUGGACUUUUCCAGGAGGGUGUGGAAGAAACCAGCUCCAUGUCAGGCCUGGCACCAAACCUGUCAGGAGAGAACUCGGGGGACCCGGUUUGUGCUGGCAGCAGGAAGCGGGUCCUCAGGGAAGAGUCUUGUCAAGGUGCCAGCUCCCAGGCAGUGGGUGCUCCUGGGGCUAGCCUACAGGCCACGGCCCAUCCAGUGGUCCUGGGGCUGCAAGCUGUGGGACAGAACCAGGAUUCAGUGCCCAGCCCCAGGCUCAACCCUCAGCUGCCCACAGCGCCUGCCCAGGGGAGGGCUCAGGCCCUCAAGAGGGUCCAGAUUAUUCUGCAUGACGUCUUAGCUGGAAGUUGUCCCGGGAAUCUUUGUAGUGGGUAUGUGGGGUCAAGAAAGAAAAGCAGGAAGUCUGAGACCACCUCAGAGGGUCAGGAGGGUGGCUUCUUGGGGCUUGGUCAGAGCCCUAGUGGGGACACGUCCCAGGCUGUGGGAGACCCCCCGCCAGGUGCUGACGUAGUGUCGUUGGGAGGUCUGUGCAGUCCUCUCUCUUGCAAGGGCACUGGGUCUGGGCCUGAACACCCAGGUGGAAGUUGGGUGGACUGUGACUCAGGGAUUCAGAAGUUUGAAUAUUUGCCCACUGUAGGGAGUGGGACCCCUCCAGGUAGCCCCUGUGACCCUGUGAACUCCCCCCUGCCCCUUGGAGGACCGUCACUUCAGCUAGCUGCCCAGGAUCCGCUCCAGAGCCCUGAGCUGUGCCCGGGGGGGUCUGGAAAGGCUUCUACAGCACAGCAGGAAGCCGAGCACAUGGUGAGGCCUGGCGAUGGUGAUGGCCAUGGCACUUCACACAACCAGGAGGAGCUGGAGGUUGGGGCUCUACCAGUGUCUGGGGGGAGGCCAGGGCAGGGAUUUGCUAACACCCCCUCCAGCUUCCUGGAGCCUGGAGCCAGCAAGUCUAGCUCAAGCCCAUCCACGAGGCAGAGAAAUACCAAGUGUGCUAAACAUUUGAAAAUGGGCCCAGUGCCUGCUGCCCAGGAUCAGGGCACUAACAGAUGCCCAGACAGCUCCAACCAGGACCAACCAGAAGAAUCCAGCCCAGGAAGCGGCCCCAGAUUGGAGGCAAUGAGAAUGGCCCAUGGAGUGAAGCUUGUGUGUUACGUUGGUUCCGAACCAGUGAUCUACCUUCUGGGGGCCGUGAGCUACGGCCAGGCAGUGGGGCAGCUACCUCCAAAGCUGGAGGUCCUGGAGGACAUGAUGGAGGCCUACUCAGCCUCAUCUGCCCAGAGGCCCAGAAGGAAGAAAAGGCGCAUGGCACGGGGCCGUGUGAGGCGCCAGGUGGGGGUUCGUGUUCAGGAGGCCAGAGCUGAGUGUCUAGGGUGUGACCCAGUGGCGGCUGAAGAGGAGGAGCCUGGUGAACAAGCAGGGGGCGAGGACUUAGCUCAGCUUCAGCCCCAACAGGAGAAGCUACCUCUGGACACCGGGGUGCGGGACACCGUGGCCCGUGCCAUGCAGGAGGCGCUGUGGAGUCGCCUUCGGGAGCACCCAGACCUGGUGCUGAGUGAGAAGGUCGUGGAGGGCAUCGCCGCUGGCAUCGAGGCAGCCCUCUUCAACCUGACACAAGCCACCAACGGCCGCUACAAGACCAAGUACCGUAGCCUGCUGUUCAACCUGCGGGACCCCAGGAACCCGGAGCUGUUUCUCAAAGUGGUUCAGGGAGACCUCACCCCCCAUGGCCUGGUGCGGAUGAGCUCAGUCCAACUGGCCCCCCAAGAACUGGCCCGCUGGCGGGACCAGGAGGAGAAGAGGGGCCUGGAGAUCAUUGAGCAGCUGCAGAAGGAGCCGUGUAGCCUCCCGGCCUCCAAGCUGACCCACAAGGGGGAAGUUGAGAUCCUGCGAGACAUUGACCAAACGCUGACCCUGGAGGACCUGGUGGGACCCAUGGUAUCCACAGACGGUGGCCCGCUGGCCCUGCCUGCCACAUCGAAGGACAGCUCUCUCAAAGCCACCAGGAGGAUGGGGGAUGAUGCUUUCCAGAGAGCCCCAAGCCAAGUCCCUGUGUCCUUUCCAGAUACGCCCCCAAACAAGAAGAAGCCUCCAGCAGAGUGCAAGGACAGUCUCCAGAUGCCUACUGGGCCCACAAAAGCCCUGCCCAUGCAGCUGCCCUGGGAGGGGUCUCUGGACAUGUUCUGCAUCAAGCGGUUCCGGGUCAAGGCCCAGCUGAUCUCGGGACACAGCUGUCGCCUCAUCCAGGCCCUGCCGCAGGUGAUCCGCUCUGCAAGCUGCAUCGCCCCUGAUGCUGUCUGGGACUUUCUGGCCAGCAUCUGCCCAGCUGAGACCAAGGACGUCUGCGUGGUCAGACUGUGCCCACAGAGCUCUCGGGACACCCAGAACUGCCACCUGCUCUACUCCUACCUCAACAACAAGCAGUGCCAUGGCUUGGUCACUGUGGAGCAGGUGAGGGUGGUCCUGCUGCCCCUGCCUGCCUUCCAGCCCCUGCCCUCCAGGCUGCGCCCUCUUGGAGGUCCAGGCCUGGAAGCCACUCACUCAAGCCUGUUGCUGGCUGUGCUGCUCCCCCAAACAGGGCUUCCGGCCACGGAAGGAUCUGGCGCCUUGAGGAGGAAGGUUCGCAAAAUGGUCUCCUUCAACAGAAAAGUGGAGAUGAGAUGCUACCAGCCAGAGGACCAGGGGCCACAUGUGGCCCUGAGGGGCGCCUCUCCCCCGGGGCCUGCUGUGCAGCGGAGCCAGGGCAAAGGCAGCCUGGCUCCAGGGGGAGUUUGUGCUUGGCAGAGACCACCCAGAGGCAGGGGGAGGCUGUGGGGAGAGCCUGAGACCUGGCAGGGUUCUGGGCGAGGGCUGUGGCUUGCAAAACCAGGCUGGUGCCAGUCCUGGCAUCCCUAUUCAGCAUCACCAGCUGGCCAUGACCAGUACCACCACAGGGCUUCCUGUCCCAGCCAAGCCCUGCUCCAGCAUCUCGAAUCCCUGGUGGCCAUGACGCAGCAGCUCCAAGCCUCACUGAUGUCCCCAGGACAGGAGGAACUUUCCCAACCCCCUGCUCAGCCUCCCACAGCCCCUGGGACUCUUGGCCUUCUCUGCCAACCCCUUGCAGCUCCAGAGCCCCCUGGCCCAGCCCUGGACUCCUCUUUGGGCCCUACAGAUGGAGCUGGCACGGAUAGUCCCCUUCCUGGAGAGACCUGA